CAGCAUUGACAAUAUAUGGGAUUUAAGCCAAAAGCAUCUCCAACCAUUUUCAAAAUCGUCACCAGAACCUUGAGAUUCCAGCUAGAUUUAAUCAUGAAUGAUAUUGAGCUGAAAAAUAAGGGUAAUAAAUUUUUUGCUGCAAGGAAGUAUGAUGAUGCUGCUAAAUGCUACUCAGAAGCAAUUGCCAAAAAGCCUGGAGUAUCCAUCUACUACACUAACCGAGCUCUGUGUCAUCUCAAAAGCCGUCGGUAUGACAGAGUUGUCCAAGACUGCAGAGCAGCUCUGGAGAUUGACCCCAUGCAGGUAAAGGCACAUUUCUUUCUUGGCCAAGCAUUGCUGGAAAGUCAGUGCUAUGAUGAGUCCAUUCGCCACUUCCAAAGAGCUCAAGACCUGGCAAAGGAACAGAAAGUCAACUAUGGUGAUGACAUUGCAUCGCUCAUCAGAGUAGCCCGCAAACGUCGCUUUGCUAUUGCAGAAGAAGCACGAGUGGCUCAAGAAAUUGAACUGCAGACUUAUCUUAACAGGUUGAUCAUUGAAGACAGAGAUAGACAGAUAGAAGCAGCGAAAAAUCACACCAGCAAGAACUUGAUGUCACCAUCCUCAUCCAAAGUUGCCACAAGCCAUAAACCUUUAAGUCACAAUAAACCUUUAGUGCCACCACCACAUCCACUCUACACACCGCCCGACUGUGACAAAGAAAAUCAUCAGCCAGGUAAACCAGGUUCAAAUCCCGUCACUCCUGAUGAGAUCAGUAGUGGUCAUGAGGAGGUUGACCACAAAAAAUCGUCUGAAUCGCUGGUGAAUGGUACAUCUGAUUCGCACAAUGAGGACGUUCAUAAAAUGUCCUCGUCUGGGGAAGGCCAUCCAUUCAAUGCAGGCGAGAAGUCUCAGGACUUUGAAGGCCAACAGUACCGAAGUCCAGAAGAAAUUUCGAAGAAAGCUGAGGACUAUUUAAUGGAACUCAAUCAUAUGUUUGCCAAAUUGGACGAAAGAAGAAGAAAACGAGAGGUGCCUGAUUACCUGUGUGGCAAAAUAAGUUUUGAUAUCUUGCGUGAACCUGUGGUCACUCCCAGCGGCAUCACCUACGACAGGAAAGACAUAGAGGAACAUCUGCAGCGAGUGGGUCACUUUGAUCCGAUCACUCGCACUGCCCUGACGGUGGACAUGCUCGUACCAAACCUCGCCAUCAAGGAGGUUGUCGACGUGUUUCUUGAAGAGAAUGAAUGGGCUCACGACUACUGAGACGUAAACCUCUAAGCCUCCUGUACUUGUAACGGAAAAGCCUCCUAAGCCUGCACUUCUGUUCUGGUAGUCGCUUUCCCUGAUCUAUUUAGGUCUGAUACUCUAAUUUAUGUCUGUAUGACGCCCCAGAUUAUUCUCGGCAGACAUGACGGGAAUCACACUGUUUGAUUGAUAUACAGUGCUUGAAAUUUAUCUUGAUACAUUUUUUUUUAUGCCUUGACUGUAGGAUUGUGUUGGCUUCUAUCAUCUAUUUGCAACAGGCAGCAUGUAGAAGCGGUUAGAUUUAUGUGAUGCUCAAAGAUGCGCUGAUAGGCAGGCCGAAGCGUUGCGUUGGUGUGAUCUUCUCUAUUCCCAUAUUUCUGCUUACCUUUUAAUUAAGCAUUAACAUACUUAGUUUUAAUUUAUUAAUAAACAGCGUCGUUGUCAUUGCAGAUUACUCGAAUUUAGGAUGUUGUAGUUGAUAGUGCAAUAACCGGGGCGCCCUAGUCGAUUUUUCGUUCUAUUCUGUUCAAGUCAAUAAAGAAUUGAUCAUAUUUUUCUACAGAUUUACCAUUGUAUUCUUUAAAUAGGCUCUUCGUACAGCUGGAAAUGUUUCACUGGUUGUUUCAUGAGUGUUAACAAAUUCAAUCAUAUUAUGAGCGUGCAUUUAUUUACUUCUUGUGUAUUUUGUAUAUUCAGCUGUGAUCUUUUCCCUAUGCGUAUUUUAUUUGUCACAAUCCACAAAUCUGUGCGAAUUCCGCUUGAAUAUGGUAAUUUCAAGUAAGAGCUUUUUCUUUUGACGAGUACUUGGUUUAAGACUGAAAAAUGUUUGUAACACCUUCUGAUUCGCUUCAACAUGGAGAGCUUAGUAUUCUCAUGUACUAAAAACUAUAUCGUUGAGCAUGCACUUUGAAGAACCCUACAGUUAAUGUUAAUGGCAAGGUGAGCGCUAAGUUAGAAUCUAAUAAUGCUGUGUUACUUAAAUACAUGUUAGAUAGGUACAGUACUUAGUGAAGGUAAGUUAGCUUCGGUGUGCCGAGUUCGAGAUCUUGAAUGGAACUUACCUCAUGUGAGUUCAGUAGACUACGUAUUACGCUUAUCCUGUUGAAUAAACGCCGAAUUAAAAGUA